CACAAGUGUCUCCUGGAUCCAGGAUACGGGCUCGCACCUCGCCAUUGGAACAGCCUCGGCGCAGACCCAGCUUUGGGACGUAGCAGCGCAAAAGCAGGUUCGGUCGAUGAACGGGCACUCCGCCCGCGUGAGCGCCCUGGCAUGGAAAAGACACAUCCUCUCCUCCGGCUCCCGGGAUGCGACCAUCGUCCACCACGACGUGCGCGUGCAGAACCACCAUGUGGCCACCCUGCUCGGCCACGAGCAGGAGGUCUGUGGCCUCUCCUGGUCGCCGGACGGCUCUCUUUUGGC